CUUUCUUUAUACUUCUACUUCACCCACUUACCAAAUCUCUUUCCACUUCUGCAUUUUAUUUUUAUUAUUAUUAUUAUAAUCAUAUUUUUGAAGAGAUUUGGGAUAAUGGCUGCUCGUUCAUACUUCAACAUUUUGUUUGUUAGUCUACUCAUUUUGGUCACCUUUUCCCAUGUUAUUGAGGGGUACAAUCGCCUCCAUCCAGCAGAUUGCAGGCCAAGAUGCAACUAUCGUUGCUCAGCAACAUCACACAGGAAGCCAUGCAUGUUUUUCUGUCAAAAGUGCUGCUCCAAAUGCCUGUGCGUACCAGCUGGAACAUACGGCAACAAGCAAUCUUGCCCUUGUUAUAACAACUGGAAGACCAAAGAAGGAGGCCCUAAAUGCCCUUAAUUUUUCUUCCUUUUUUAUUUUUAUCAAAUUAUUACUUUCUUAAUUAAUUAGUGAUCGAGCUAUUAUAUCGAUCCUAUAUAUGUACUUCUACCAAUACCACUUUUAUUUUCAUUUCUUCAGUUAUUUUGUUGCUAGUUAUGAUUUUUCAAGCAAUAUAUAUAUUCAUAUUUAAGUAUUUCAUAGAUCACUACAAAAAAAAAAAAUAAUAAUAUUCUGUUGCCAAAUCAGAAUUUGGUGACAUUUAUCGCCAUAGUCAAUAUUGACGCCAAAAAUGGUGACUCGCCAUCUAUAAAUG